UUUUUCCACAGCAAUCCGUUAGCUCUCUUCUUUUUUUCUUCUAUUGUAUCUUUUAGAUAGAUUUUAUUUUUCACAGACUCCACGACAUUCCGGUUACUUUGUGGUGAUAGCAUUAAUUUGUUCUUGCUGCAGAAAUUAUAUUUCCAUAUUUUUUCUCUUAAAUAUUUAACAAAAUUUAAAAGCAUCACAAAAUGGUCGAAUUAACUGGCAGCUCCUCACCUUUUCAACAAAGUAUUCCCAAUUUGGUCUUCUAUGUGCCUGCCGUAGUAGUCUUUGGGUUGGCUGCAACUUUCUUUGGUGAUGUGGAACGAAUUAGAAAGCAUUUCAUUGUAGUACUAAUAACUCUACCAACUCUAUUGCACACAAUAUUGAUAAUGAACAAAAAAAAUAUGAAAGCAUCCCAAAACUAAGCAUGUUUGUUUUCCAAUAAUUGAUGUGUAGUUUUUUUUAUAUGUAUGUUUUCUUAUUAUUUUAAAGUUAUUAAAACUUUUAUAUAUGUACCACCAUUAUGAGUUGUAGAU